AUCGCACGGGGAGGCGCAAGUUCAACAGAUUAUUUCUAACCGCGCUUUGAAAUCUACAUAUUCACCAUGCGUCGCUCUGUACUGCGGGCAGUCGAGUCCGCGAAGCCUCUCGCCCGCUUGCCUCGUGCAGCGUCCAGAGGUUUUGCUACUGCCCAGGAAGAUAACUCGAAGGACCCUGUCGAGUUGGAUCAGAUCACCGCUCUCCCGAACGGUAUUCGCGUCGCUACCGAAUCCUUACCUGGACCUUUCGCCGGUGUUGGAGUCUACGUGGACGCGGGCUCUCGCUAUGAGGAUCCAAGCCUUCGAGGUGUGAGCCAUAUCAUGGAUCGGUUGGCGUUCAAGUCGACCACAAACCACUCCAGCGACGCCAUGCUCGAGGCCCUCGAGGGUCUGGGCGGAAACAUCCAAUGCGCUUCGUCCCGCGAGUCGCUCAUGUACCAGUCCGCCAGCUUCAACUCGACGGUCUCUACCACCCUCGGCCUGUUGGCGGAGACGAUUCGUGACCCGCUCAUCACGGAAGAGGAGGUUCUUCAGCAGCUAGCGACCGCGGAGUAUGAGAUCAAUGAGAUCUGGGCUAAGCCGGAGCUCAUCCUGCCGGAGUUGGUCCAUAUGGCUGCCUACAAGGACAAUACUUUAGGGAACCCUCUGCUUUGUCCCGCUGAGAGACUGGGAGAGAUCAACAAAUCUGUGGUGGAGAAGUAUCGCGAGACGUUCUUCAACCCGGACAGGAUGGUCGUUGCGUUCGCGGGAGUCCCGCACGACCAGGCUGUGAAGCUCACGGAGCAGCUUUUCGGCGACAUGAAGGCACACAGCCCGAGCAAGGGCCCUGUGCUUUCCGGGAAUGGGGUGGACACAACCUUAUCCUCUAACGAAGGCCAAGUACACACGAUCCCUCAGUUCUCGCCCACAUCCACCAUUUCGUCCACGACUGCCUCCCAGAAGACCGAACUCGGCUUCCUCUCCAAAUUCCCCUUCCUCAAGAAUCUCUCUGGUUCCGGAUCCCAGUCGGGCUCUACGGAACCGCUUGACCCGGCGCUGAUGGAAUCGCCGUCGUUCCAUCUGACGCGCCCGUCCCACUACACCGGUGGAUUCCUCUCCCUUCCCCCGAUUCCUCCCCCGGCCAGCCCCAUGCUCCCCCGGCUGAGCUACAUCCACCUCGCCUUCGAAGCGGUCCCGAUCUCGAACCCCGACAUCUACGCCCUCGCCACUCUCCAGACCCUUCUCGGCGGCGGCGGGUCCUUCUCCGCUGGUGGGCCCGGCAAAGGCAUGUACUCCCGUCUGUACACCAACGUGCUGAACCAACACGGGUGGGUCGAAAGCUGCAUCGCCUUCAACCACAGCUACACCGACAGCGGCAUCUUCGGCAUCUCCGCCUCGUGCAGCCCGACCCGCUCCACCGAGAUGCUCGAGGUGAUGUGCCGUGAGCUGCAGUCGCUGACCCUCGACACGGGAUACAGCUCCCUGCAGCCGCAGGAGGUCAACCGGGCCAAGAACCAGCUCCGCUCGUCGCUCCUCAUGAACCUCGAGUCCCGCAUGGUGGAGCUGGAGGACCUGGGCCGUCAGGUCCAGGUGCACGGCCGCAAGGUCGGCGUCCACGAGAUGUGCCAGCACAUUGAGUCCUUGACCGUCGAAGACCUCCGACGCGUGGCUAAGCAGGUCUUUGGUGGCCUCGUCCAGAACCCUGGACAGGGAACUGGUAAGCCGACGGUUGUGUUGCAGGAGGGCGAGCUGGAGGGAUACCGUCUUCGUCCGUUCCCGUGGGAGGAGAUCCAGGAGCGGAUUGCGCGCUGGAAUCUCGGACGUCGUUGAUUUAGUAUAUUAACGUGUCGAGGGAAUGCGAGAAGGCACUUACUAUAGAAACGUCGUGUCAUAUUAGAUGUAUAGUAUAGAACGAAGACGAUCGGAUUGGUAUUCCAC